GCCCAGCAAAACAAAACAAGAAAUUCUCUAGCAAUUGCAAACAAAAACACAAAGGAUUGAGAGAAAAAGCAAGAGAAGAAAAAAAUGGGCAGCAAGGAAAAGUUACGUACUUCUCAAAAAAUUUCAAUUGUUGGACCAUGCACUCUCAAAUUAAAAGAGCUUUUUGGAAAAUUAGCAAAAUAUGCACUGGGUUUCUUCUUAAUGUAUGCUCUCUGCAAUGUUUCCCACUUCCUGUUAAAGCCGUAUUCUCAGCCUCGCAUUACCUCCGACACCGUUAUAGGACUGCUGAUCGGAAACUUAGGGUUCAUACGCAACCUAGUAACGGAUUCAGCCAGGAAAACGUUGAAUUUUAUUGUUGAUUUCGGCAUGAUCUGCUAUAUGUUUGUUUUAGGCAUAGAAAUGGAUCCAUAUGUACUUUUUAAAGAACCGACCAAGGAUGCUAAAGUGGCCUAUGGUGGUAUGCUUUCCACAUUCAUCCUAGCCUGCGCUAUAACACCAUUUCUGCAGUUUACAGAUGGCGGUUUCAAGGUUGACUUCACUCUCUCCCUCUCCACCGUUCUCUCUAGCACCGCCUCUCCUGUACUGACACGUCUCAUAACGAGUCUCAAAAUAGGCAAGUCGGACAUAGGCCAGCUAGUCAUUUCUGCAGGAAUGCACGCUGAUUUUGUAUCCACUCUUCUCCUCUCAAUUGGCUAUGUCUUUUGGCCAGUUGAUUCUGGAGGUAAAGUUGUAGAGACUUCAAAACGCGUCCGAAGAUCCAUUGAGAUGGGUUCUGCAUUGGUGAUCCAGACACUUUUUGCGGGCUAUGUUUCACCAAUCUUCAUGAACUGGGUCAACAACGAAAACCCCGAAGGCAAACCCAUCAAAGGUUCACAUCUAGUGCUUGCUCUUGCUUUCAUGGCCUUGAUCAUUUCCUGCUCACCAAUUUAUGGAUACAAUCCGGCCUUGAGUGCAUUUAUGGCAGGAACCUUUUUACCAAAGGGGGGGAGAGUAUCGAAAUGGGUGAUCGGCAAGAUCAAUUACUUGUUAUCUACCAUUUACUAUCCAAUUUUUUUCUUCUGGAUGGGUUAUGAAGCUGCGUUCAAGGAAUUUCAACCCGGACAGUUCGGGACAUGGGCAAGGUUAUUUGUACUUUUUGGUAUAGCAACAGUAGGAAAAGUUGCUGGAACUGUCCUCUGCGGAAAGCUGUUGGGGUUUCACUGGCCGGAAUCUAUUGCACUCGGGCUUCUGCUCACUACCAAAGGCCAUUUUCACAUAUACUUGGCCAUUGCUGCAAAACAAGCCGGGAAAACAUCUACUUCAACCAGUACCGUGAUGGUAAUAGCUAUAUUUUUCACGGUUGUGCAUGCCCCAUCAGUUGUGGCACAAAUCAUCAAGCGUGCAAGGAAACGAGCACCUACUCAUCGAAUGUCACUUCAGUUGCUUGACCCUUCAAGCGAACUCCGCAUAUUACUAUGCCUUCAUGGGCCUCAAAAUGUUCAAACUAUGAUAAACUUCAUUGAGAUAUCUAGAGGGACAGCUGACCCUGGAAUUGUGGUAUAUGUAACAGACAUGAUAGAACUCACAGACGAAAUUGCUGCCACACUGGUAAAAGAAGAAGGGGCGGACACCAUGACAGUGACUCACACAGGAGUGAAAGAAAUGAGAGAUCAAGUCACUGCUGCAGUUCAAGCAUAUGUAGGUGAGAGUGGAGAUGGUAUCACACUUAGACGAUUGCUUGCACUUUCGACUUUCAGUGGCAUGCCCCAGGAUAUUUGCAUUUUGGCAGAGGACUCAAUGGUAGGCCUCAUCAUCUUGCCAUUUCACAAGGUUCAACGCGCAGAUGGAACAUUGGAUAACGGAAAUUCUGCUUUCAGAUAUGUGAACCGUAAGAUCCUCAAGAAUGCUCCGUGCUCCGUCGGGAUUCUUGUAGACAGAGGUCUUGGACUGAUUGAAAAACUACCAAGAACACACGAUCAUUCUGUCAGCAUGGCAGUCAUCUUCAUUGGUGGCAAAGACGAUAGAGAAGCACUUGCCUAUGCUGGUCGCGUAGCACGACAUGCAGGUGUAAAGCUCACAGUCAUAAGAUUCUUGGUAGAUGCUAGCUCAGAGGCCACAGUGAGACCUGGAAAUUACACUGUCAGCCGUUCUGAGCAAGAAGAGGAAAUGAAGCUUGACGAUGAGUGUUUCGCAAGCUUCUAUGAGAGACGUAUAGCAUGUGGACAAGUCGCUUACGUUGAGAAGCAUAUGGCCAAUUCUGCUGAGACCUAUUCUACCUUGAGGGAGUUGGACGGGCAGUACGCGCUCAUUAUAGUGGGACGAGGGGAAAGGGUGAAUUCGGUUCUGACAUUUGGGAUGAAUGACUGGCAGCAAUGUCCGGAGUUGGGGCCAAUCGGGGAUGUCCUUUCGGGCUCUGAUUUCUCGGUUAAAACCUCAGUUUUGAUCAUCCAAGAAAACAGUCUAAAAGGACAACUAGACGGGCUUGAAGAUGACUUCUCGAUCAUGUAAAUGUGUCACACAUAGCAAAAGAUAGCUUAGAAUUUUAGAUACAAAUUGUAGCAAGGAUUUACCACAGAUGGUUUGUGAAAAAUCGUAGUUUGUAUAGAAACUUAGGAGGAGCUAUGCGAAAAGAAGAAAAAUCAAGGCAGGAAAAAAAGAGGUUAGAAAUUACUGAGGUAGUGUAAACUGUAAAUCAACAAACGCAUUUGUGUCUGAAGACUGCUACAGUUAAGUUUCUUGUUUUCUACAAUUUCCAACACCGCGCUUGGGCAAUGCCGGUUAACCAGGACAGUGUGCGAAUCUUUCUCCCCGUAAAGGUGCUCAUAAGUCAUAUGUUAUACCGAUUCCUAGGGAAUAUAUGAUCAGUUUCAUGAAAUCCUCUCGCUGUAAAAUAUUGAAGACCCGAAACAAAGACCCUUGGACUUAAAUGGGAAGCUCAACUCGAGGUGGGUGACCCAUGUAACGUAAAUCCGUGGUUUCUUGUCUGCGAUUACCGUUCCACGAUCUCUACCUCGUUGAACCAACUUUUGGUGUCAAUACAACUUAAACAGUGUGCUACCUAUAUACAGUUUGGAAGAAGUUCCAAGAUCGAAUCCUUCUCUAUGAUUUUCCUAUUUUUCUUAUAGAAACUAGUCGAUCAUUAUGUUUUAUUUUUUGGUAAAUUGAAACAUUUUAUUCAAAGAAACAUCCUGAUUUCCUCCAAGGUAGUAAAUAUCCUCCAAAUCUUGUUGUCAGCCUAGUUCGAAUGAAGACAAUCCACCAAUACAUUUGCACAAUAUUGUUGGAAGUUUUUCAAAAUAAAAUGGAUUCUGGAACGGAUGACCGGUCGCUCGAGAUGAAGGCCGUGGCUCAUGUUUGGAGCUUGUGACACAAGCAACCCGUUGGCGAUGUGAGACUGGCUACUGGUGUUUGAAGGCGCAAAAUAGUGCGCUUUGCAAGGUUACAACCAGUCUAUCUCUUCUUGUGUUUAGUUCA